ACAGAGGUGAGGUCUGAGCCUCUGAGGAGAUUCUAAAAGAUCGAUGACGUGGGAUGAUCAGGAUCCACUAUGGGUUUAUGGAUCAGAAGGCCGGGGAUGCCUACCGUGCCUGUGAUUUAUGGUCAUGAUUACAAGACGACGAAAAUGCAACCGAAGAAAAGGAAAGAAAGUGACGAGUGUGAAUUUCUACGUAAAUAACUGAGAAUACAGGCUGCAGAGGUUUUAAAAAGAAAAGCUACGUAUGCAGAUGAAACCAAUAAGAUAAAAUUUGAUAGAUAAUUGAACCAUGGCUCCAUCAUCUUCUUCUUCUUCUCCGUCUUCCUCUAGAGCCUCCCCUUCGCGCCCUCCGCCCUCUCCCCGGUCUCCUCACUUCACUCCUAUUCAAGAGUGCGAAAGGGAAGAACAAGAAGACGAAGUGACUCCAAGUUCUUGUACAGACAAAGGAGACCCUUCAAAACACCAUCCGACGCCCAUCCAUAAAUCUGACAAAAAUGGAAAACAGUCUACCAGAAAACGUACGGAUUCGGACAGCCUUUACGAAGACGACCGUACGGUCUCUUGCAACAAGUGUCGGCCAAGCGCCCGGGAAAAGAUCUCCGUGGUUCCUCUGGACAACGCCGGCAUGAAUCGGAACUCGUCGUCGCUCGCAAGCCCCAACGGUAUCUUCAAAUCGAUACUCUCGUCGUUUACAAGGAAGAGUCCGAGGACGUCAGAUACAUCGUGGACGGCAAGAGAAGAGCACUGGAAGAUCGCCGUGGCGGAGCUAUCCCACAAGCUCAUUCAAGCUACGAGGAAGAGAGACGAAGCUCUCCUCGAAGCUUCUCGGCUCAAGUACUCCAUGGCUGAAUUGGAGAAAAAGCUGAACAAGCUCGAAGUCUACUGCCACAAUUUAAAGUCGGGACUUGACGUUUGCAGCGGCAAUUCACCGUACCGGCCAAGGAAAGAUCAACAAAUCGAAGCGAAUCAUUUCAAAAUUCGCGAUCACGAUAAGGUGAUCGAACAUUUCUUGGUAGCAGUAUCAGAAGCCCGCUCUUCGAUUCGACUCCUCAGCCGAUCGCUCACUUUGCAACUCCGGCAAAUUGGAGGUAAAGUCUACGAGAGAAUAUCACUCCUCCUUCAACCUUACGAUGUAAAACUUUCGCUCUCCAAGAACCCUAGAACCCUCCUCGUCUACCUAGAAGCUUUGCUGAGCAAGGCCUUCUUCGAAGACUUCGAGUCGGUUGGAUUCCAGAAGAAUGCUUCCAAUCAAAUUCUAAACCCAAUAGAACGAUGCGAAGCGAACUACGCGUCAUUCAACAUUCUACAAGGGCUAACAUGGGAUGAAGUGUUGAACAAAGGAACGAGGCACUUCAGCGAGGAGUUCAGUAAAUUCUGUGACAGGAAGAUGAGUGAGAUCGUGGCUAUGCUGGCUUGGAACCGUGCUUGGACUGAGCCGCUGCUACAGGCGUUCUUCUCAGCCUCCAAGAGCGUGUGGUUGGUGCACCUUCUGGCCAUGUCGGUGCACCCGAGCUUGCCAAUCUUUAGAGUUGAGACUGGGACGAAGUUUGACACUGUGUACAUGGACGACAUGGGUGGAGACAAGGCUCGGAGGCUGGUCCCAGUCAUGGUCCGGAUCAUGGUGGCACCGGGGUUCUAUGUUUAUGGCAACGUGGUCAAGUGCAAGGUCCUUUGCAGGUACUCUAAUGAUAAUAAUCAAGACAGGGGUGUGCCCUUAACCCCUACAAUUUAGUUACAACUUUUUGGGUUCUUGUGAUAAUUUUGAUGUUGGUUACCGUUAUUCUAUAACAUGGUUAUGGUUAUGUUUAUGGUGA